GGAGGGGGUCUGGCAGGAGCGCUUGUCGUUUGGCUGCUGCGGGGCGACCAUGGGGACCCAGGGAAGGACGGGGACACCAAGCAGGAUCUGGACGGUCCUCUUGGGGAGGCUGCGGCUCCGGGAGGCGAUCUGGGCGGCGGCGGACUGAGCCCUGGAUCUAAGCGGGAGCCGAUCACCAAACCAGAGCACCUUCAAGGACACAAUGGACAUCUGAUUUCUGAGACCAAAGGCCGUGGGAACUUGCAGGAGGCGGCGUGGAGACUGCAGAGUCCUGGGGAAGACUGUGACAGUACAAGAGAGCACGCUCCUUCUGAAGCUCUCGCCGCCUCUGAGGCCGGCCACACUCGGGAUAGCUCUGAAGUUCCCAAAAAUGAAAGGCUGGGAGGAUGGGGAUUCCAGAAAGGACGAGAAAUGCUUUCUAAAGCAGCUGCGUGUUUGGUGGAGAAGUUACCUUCUAGCAACCUGCUCAUGAACAGAGAUAAAGGAGAAGCGAGCCUGGCCCAACCGGGCAGCCCAGACCGGGCCGAGCAGGACGGCUGGGAAAUGGUGUCCCGGCACUCAUCUUGGGGAGAUGUCAGCUUGGGCGGCAGCCUUGAGGCUUCCGUGUUAAGCCUAAGCCAGGAAAUGGACCAUGGCAGACACACUCUUGUGGAAGCGAGAGGUUGGGAGGGGCAUGGGAAAGCAAUGUCUUCAGGAUCUCAGAGAGUUAGAGUCAGGUUCCAGGUCCAUUAUGUCCCGAGCGCUGACGGGCAGCUCGUUGCGGUGACUGGAAACCACGAGAGUCUUGGGAGAUGGAAGACGUGCAUCCCACUCCAGCACGGCAAGGAUGGGUUCUGGUCCCGCUCCGUUCUCCUGCCAGCAGAUGCAGUGAUGGAGUGGAAGUUCGUGCUGGUGGAGAAUGGCAAGGUUAUCCGCUGGGAAGAAUGCAGCAACAGGUUCCUAGAGACUGGCCGUGAGGAUAAAGUGGUUCACAAGUGGUGGGGGUUUCCCUGAUGCAGUUCGCUAAGUGCGAGGGACGCUGUAGCAGAAGGUGGAGGAGGCCCAGGCUUUGGAGCACACUGAAUGCUUUCGAAUCGAAGUAAGUGUGACUCCAAAUUUAGCCAUCGGUGUGGUUUCCAAUUUGCUAGUGGCUUUUGUCUAAUGUGCAGAAAUAUAUAUAUAUAGGUACUACUUCCAGUGAGCAUGGGUUCCCUGCAGCAUUGAGGACUUUGUGCUGACUCAUCACUAGGUUAGGGCCUGAUCCUCUUGGGGAGUGACUUGGCAAAGUUUCAGGUGUGGACUGUGGUCCUGCAGAAACUGACCAGCGACACAGGCUGCAGCUGGAGCCUUUAGGUGAUCCUUAGGCCGAGGGAGUAAAGUCAAUCUCAUUAAGCAGCAACUGGCUUCCUAAUGGGACCGCCGCAGACACCGUCUUCCUCCUUGCACAUUUUACAUUUACAUGGAACUGUGAUCAGAAAAUAUCUGAUCACUAAAUGUGAUUACUAAAGCUCUCAGGGUCAUGCUCUGUGACUCCCCGAUGUCUUUUAUUUGAGUUUUCCUGCCAGCUUUGGUUUGGAAGGUAGAAGUAUCUAUGUCCUUGUCUUAAUGAUCUAAGGCUGGUGUCAGAACAAGGGGCCUGAUUCAAGUUGGUCAUCAUGGAAGUCAGUCAUGGGAGUGGCCCAUGAGGACAGGAACGUGAGUGGGAAUUAGGGUGUGAGCGAGGCAAGGUGGCCUGAGUGACCACUCGGAGGACUGGCAGGUGUAGGUACAGCCCUAGUGCAGAAAACGCAUGCCAUCAUUUACCCUGGGACUCCUGAGAGGACCACCUCUCUCCCACUGCCCUCCCAUCUCCUCUCUGGGUUCUCAACAGGUAGACUGUCCUAAGCGACUGCUUCCAUCCUUCAUCCUCUUCCCUGUCCUUCCAUACCAGGAGCUAUCUCAGACAGCAGAUUUAUAUAGGGCUGUGAACAGAGGGACAUCUUUGCUCUGAGAAGAAAUACACGUUUAAGCUUUAAGUUAUUGUAACUGAACAAAUAAUAAAACCUGAGUUUUAAUAUCUUUUUUAAA